ACUGCCGCACACACACACACACGGGUUACCCUUGUGACCGGAGCUCCCAAGCGCUUGCGUAUUCAUCAGCGCGAGUGAGAGAUCGAUCCUUGUGUGCUGCUGUGUGAUUGAGUUGAGUUCAAUGUUGGCGAUGUGCGGAGAGAGGAAACCACCGCACGCACCUUAAAGAAUGACAAGCUCGGUUCAUCGGACGUCUUCGAUUAACUUUGGAUGUUUAGCUGAUGUCGACUUUUUACCAUUUUCUUCAAUGGAAUCAACAAGAGACUAGUAAAAUCGCAGCCUUCACAGGAACAGCAAAACAAUGUGUUGGAAUUUAGUCUAAGAAGCAGCGGCUUCAGAUUCUAAAUAACGAACGUGAUAAGACAUUAAGAUAUAAGUCAGCAACCUGCUGCAGAUAUUCAACUAUUGUGUUAUUAAUGAUCCCAAAUAUCAGCCAGAGCUAAGAGACAGUUGCUGGGAGAGUCACCGGGAGACCUUCUACCAAGAAACUCGAUAGGCUGUCCAGAGACAAUCUGUGGAAGAGAUACACAAAAUGGCGAGACAUAACCAUCGAUAUUGAGCCCCCCUGUGGUUGAUGGUGAUGCCUGAGCCCAACCCAGCAAUGCAGAAGACGAGAACUCGGUGGUGGCAGGGACGACUGGGAGUUCCUCUGCUGUUUCUGGUUUUCCCACUCCUCAGGACCGAACCGAUCCAACUCGAGCUGUCGUUCAAUGGACUUUCGGAGCCCCAGAAUGUGACACUGGCUGCUAUCCUGCCUUUGCACAACACUGAAUACCCGUGGGCCUGGCCUCGCGUGGGACCCGCUCUGAUCAGAGCUCUGGAGCGAGUCAAUGACGAACCCACCCUGCUGCCGGGCCACCGCCUCCGCAUCGUCUACGACAGCAGCGAAAGCAAAGAUGGAGUCUGCUCCGACUCAGUGGCGCCGUUGGUGGCCGUGGACCUCAAGUUCUCCUACGACCCAUGGGCCUUCAUCGGGCCUGGCUGCGACUACGCUUCGUCUCCUGUGGGCCGCUUCACCACUCACUGGGAUGUUCCCAUGGUGACGGCCGGGGCAGCGGCCAUCGGCUUCAACAUGUACACAUCCAUCACCAACACGGGCCCCACACACAAGAAGCUGGGCGAGUUUGGGGUGCGCCUGCAUCGCCAUUUUGGCUGGCACAGGCACGCCAUGCUCAUGUUCAGCGACAACAAAGACGACGACCGGCCAUACUACUUUACGGCAGAGGGGCUGUACACGCAGCUGCAGCUGGACAACAUCACCACAGCAGACAAGGUCUUCAAUGAGCAGACUGGACCCGUCCAGUAUGAUGACCUCAUCAGUGACAUAAGCCAGAGUGCCCGAGUGGUGUACAUGUGCUGCUCAUGGGACACUUUCCGGAGGCUGAUGGUACAGUUCUGGAGGGAAGGCCUGCCCCCGGAGGACUAUGCCUUCUUCUUCAUUGACCUGUUCGGACACAGCCUGAGGAAGCAGCCCGCUAGGCCCUGGUACAGAGGAGACUCAGACGACCACGCCGCCAAGAAGGCCUUCAGGAGUGUGAAGAUCCUGACCUACAAAGAGCCACAGAACCCAGAGUACAAGGAGUUUGUUUCCAACCUGAAGACGGACGCCAUGAACAUGUUCAACUUCACCGUAGAAGACUCGCUGAUGAACCUGAUAGCAGGAGGCUUCUAUGACGGCGUGAUGCUUUACUCUCAGGCCCUGAAUGAGACCAUGACAGAGGCAGGGGGCCGGCCGCGAGGGGACACCGUCACCAAGAGGAUGUGGAAUCGCACGUACCAUGGUGUUACUGGCUUGGUUCAGAUUGAUGGGGCAGGCGAUCGGGAGAUUGACUUUGCCUUGUGGGACAUGACUGAUCUUGACUCUGGGGUCUUUCAGAUCGUGUCCGUCUACAACAGCACCCUGAAGGAGCUGGUUCCAGUGCCGGGCAUGAAGGUCCAGUGGCCGGGGGGCGCCCCCCCCCAAGACAUCCCCGACUGUGGCUUCAAGAACGACAAGCCCGCUUGCUUAGCACGGACGGUCACUAUGCACCAGAUGGUGGCCAUCGUGGCUUGCUUCAUCUUCGUCAUCAUCGUCACUGUCACCGUCUUCAUCUACAGGAAGCUGAAAUUGGAGAAUGAGUUGGCUGCUCAGCUCUGGCGAGUGCAAUGGGAUGACGUGCAGAUGAGUGACCUGGAGAAAGUGCUGCGCAGGGCCUGCAGCAGACUCACCCUGUCUCUGAGAGGCUCCAACUAUGGCUCCUUCCUGACCAUGGAAGGAAACUUCCAGAUCUACGCCAAAACUGGCUACUACAAGGGAAACAUUUCGGCCAUUAAGUACGUCACUAACAAGAAGCGCAUCGAGCUCACCAGGAGGGUGCUCUUUGAGCUCAAACAUAUGCGUGAUGUUCAAAACGAGCACUUGACUCGCUUUAUCGGAGCCUGUAUCGAUCCUCCUAACAUCUGUAUCAUCACAGAGUACUGUCCCCGGGGCAGCCUGCAGGAUCUUAUGGAGAGCGAGACCAUCACCUUGGACUGGAUGUUCAGAUACUCUCUGAUCAACGACAUUGUUAAGGGAAUGGCCUUCCUUCACAACAGUGUCAUCGUCUCCCAUGGUAACCUGAAGUCCUCUAACUGCGUGGUGGACAGUCGCUUUGUCCUGAAGAUCACUGACUACGGGCUGGCUAGCUUCCGCGAAAAGUCCAAUAUGGAGGACACACACGCCUACUAUGCCCGGAAAUUGUGGGCAGCUCCAGAGCUGCUGAGGUCAGAUAGUCCCCCGCCAUGUGGCACACAGAAAGGUGACAUCUACAGCUUCGGCAUCAUUCUGCAAGAGCUGGCCCUGCUCCGAGGGGUCUUCCACGUCGAGGGGGAGACCCUCAGCCCCAAAGAAAUUGUAGAGCGCGUGGCGCUGGGCCAGUGGCCCUACCUGCGGCCCUCCCUCUGCCCCCAGAGUCACAGUGAAGAGGUGGGCCAGCUCAUGCAGCGCUGCUGGAGCGAGGACGUGAACGAGAGGCCCGAGUUCCACCACAUCAAGCUGCUGCUGCGCAAACACAACAGAGGUUAUGGGUCUAAUAUCCUGGACAACCUGCUGUCUCGUAUGGAGCAGUACGCCAAUAACCUGGAAGAACUGGUGGAGGAAAGGACACAGGCUUACCAUGAAGAGAAACGCAAGGCCGAGGCACUGCUCUACCAGAUACUUCCACACUCUGUAGCGGAGCAGCUGAAGAGAGGGGAGACGGUGCAGGCUGAGGCCUUUGACUCGGUCACCAUCUACUUCAGUGACAUCGUGGGCUUCACCGCCAUCUCAGCAGAGAGCACGCCCAUGCAGGUGGUGACCCUAUUGAAUGACCUCUACACGUGUUUCGAUGCCAUUAUCGACAACUUCGAUGUUUAUAAGGUGGAGACGAUAGGCGAUGCAUACAUGGUGGUGUCUGGGCUGCCCGUGAGGAACGGCAAUCUGCACGGCCGAGAGAUCGCCCGCAUGUCACUAGCCCUGCUGGAGGCUGUACACUCCUUCAGGAUCCGCCACCGACCUGCCCAGCAGCUCUUUCUGCGCAGUGGCAUCCACAGUGGCCCAGUGUGUGCUGGUGUUGUAGGACUGAAGAUGCCUCGGUUCUGUCUGUUUGGAGACACAGUCAACACAGCCUCUCGCAUGGAGUCCAAUGGGGAGGCCCUGAAGAUCCACGUGUCGGAGGCCACGCGCACGGUGCUGGACGACUUCAACUGUUUCCAGCUGGAGCUGAGAGGAGACGUGGAGAUGAAGGGCAAAGGGAGGAUGAAGACCUACUGGCUACUGGGGGAGAGCACCAGCAACAUGGCUUACUAGAGAGAGAGAGAGAGAGAGAGAGAGAGAGAGAGAGAGAGAGAGAGAGAGAGAGAGAGAGAGAGAGA